AUGAGAAACUGUUUCAUUUCUGUUGUCCGAGACUUGGAAAAUCAAGUUGCACCCAUAUUACAGAGCUGCAGAGACAUUAAGCAUCUGAAGCAGACCCAUGCCCAUAUCGUUAAGAUAGGUCUCUCCCAGAGCAACUUCUUAAUGACCAAAAUAUUAGACUUUUGUGACACCAAUGACGGCACCGACUAUGCAUCCUUGAUCUUCAAGCAAGUACUAGCACCAAAUAUCUUCUUGUAUAAUGCCAUGAUCAGAGUUUACAGCAACAACAGAUUUUUCAGUGAAGCCAUUUCAGUCUAUAAGCAGAUGCUCGCAGACUCACAAAAUGGAAGACCAAUCUUGCCAGACAGAUUCACCUUCCCCUUCGCACUUAAGUCCUCUGCUGGUCUUCUACACCUCCAUCUCGGCAACCAGAUUCAUGGCCAUAUCUGCAAAUUGGGUCUUGCAAAGCAUUCUUAUGUCCAAAACGCUCUCUUAGACAUGUAUGCAAAAUGUGGCAGCCUAGACGCUGCACAGCAAGCGUUUGUUGAAAUGUCUCACAGAGAUACUGUCUCCUGGAAUACCCUUCUUUCCGGAUAUGCUGGAACGGGAAAUAUGAGCAAGGCCAAAGAAGUCUUUGCCACAAUGCCGGAGAGAACGAUAAUCUCUUGGACCGCGAUGGUAUCUGGCUAUGCAAGAAGCAACUAUUAUCGCGAAGCGUUGCAGGUGUUUCAUCAAAUGCAGCUUGCUGAACUAAAACCUGAUGAGACCAGCAUUGUUUCUGUGCUACCAGCUUGUGCACAGUCAGGUGCCCUUGAACUUGGAAGAUGGAUACAUGUCUAUGCGGAUAGGCACAAUUUCCUACGUAAUAUUUGCAUAUGUAAUGCACUGAUUGAGAUGUACGUAAAAUGUGGAAGAAUCGAGGAAGCGGGCGAAUUGUUUGUUCAAAUGCCUGAAAGAGAUGUCAUCUCAUGGAGCACCAUAAUUAAUGGCUUUGCACACCAUAGCCAAAGCCAAGUAGCCAUCCAACUCUUUCAUGAAAUGAAAGUAGCUGGGGUGGAACCCAACAGUAUUACGUUCCUUGGCGUUCUCUCUGCCUGUGUUCAUGGUGGACUUCUUUAUGACGGACUACAUUAUUUUGAGUCCAUGAUGAAGGACCAUCGUAUCAAUCCUAAGGUUGAACAUUAUGGAUGUCUCGUUGACCUUCUUGGACGUAAUGGCCAACUUGAUUCUGCUCUUGAAUUCAUACAGGACAUGCCAAUAGAACCAGAUGCAGCCAUAUGGGGCUCGCUGCUCAGUGCUUGCAAGAUUCACGGAAAUGUUAGAAUCGCAAUAACAGCAAUGGAGCACCUUGUCCAACUUGAACCAGAAGACAUGGGAAACUAUGUAUUGUUGUCCAAUAUUUAUGCAGCUGAACGCCAAUGGGAUGAUGUUUCGCGAAUCAGAAAAUUGAUGAGGAGUAAGAAGACGAAUAGAUCACCAGGUUGCAGCUUGAUUGAGGUCAAUAAUUUGGUUCAGGAGUUUGUAGCAGGAGAAGGCUCAUACCCACAAGCAGAAGAGAUUUACAACACGCUUCAUCUAUUAGAUCAGGAACUAAGGAUAGCAGCAGACAUUGUUACAUGA